UUUCACCAGCUGCUGUAAGAUAGUCCUAAUGUCGCAGUUGCAAUUGAUUUCCUGGACUCGAAGCAUGGUGUGAUUUCCAAAAAACGGAUGCGGCUGCUCUUUUCAACUUCGAUCGGGACCCAGGAGGAUGCUGAUUGGCCAAAGGUCUUUGCCACCUCCCCAUUCAUCUCCCCACUGGCUUUGCUGAUCUUUCGAGCUUGUUCAGCUGCUACCUUUUUGGGGCACAUGCUUGCUCACAUUGGUCACUGGUGGUACCGUGGCUGGGCAUACUGCAUUUAUUUGACGAACUGGGCUCUGAUGCUCCAGACCAGCUCUGAAUGCCUUCUGUUCAUCCUGGCCCUGCGGGGCUAUCGGAUUCUUCGGACGCAGGGAGCACGUGGAGGCGGCCUGCCGAAGACGGCCCGUGUGGCCAUGGUGCUAUGGUCCACUGCAGCGCCGAUGUCGCUGAGUGUGACGCUGCUGUUUUUUCUGCUCAUCAACCCCGUUUGGAAUUUGCGCCCAAUUGUGUAUGUCGCGUUCUUUGCCCACUUUUUGAAUUGGUUUCUUCUUCUGAUUGGCCUGUUUGUGAGCAGAAUCCCUUUCUCGAUGAGACACCUGGGAUGGUCCUUGCUAUUUGCAGCCACUUUCAUCAUUUGGACGGUCCUCCACUUUUACCUCAAGAUUGGUCGGAAUGAACCCUGCGUCGACUAUGCGAUGCAGGACUGCCCCAUCUAUGGUGAGUUUGAUUGGCACCAUCCGCAGCGAACUGCCAUGAUUUCCCUGGCUGCGAUAGCUGGGCUGAUGAUGGCGAGCGGCAUCUAUUCCGGCCUGGUCCGAUGCCGGGACGCCUGCGAUUCCCUUUCAGACGCACAGACGUCCAAUGAGAUUGAGCUCAGUGGAGGUGUGAUGCAAGGGGAGGUCUGCCCCCCAGCGCUGUGCACUGCCACUACACAACUUGAGUGUUUGGCCUUGAUCAUGAUGAGCCGCUGGAGACUGGCACGACAGGGAUCCGUCCAUGCGGUGAUCACCCUGACGGCAGUUUUUGCACGUUGGGCGAUUUGGGAAGAUGAAUCAGCGGAGGCAACUGGGGUUGCUCCCGUGGCCUUUGUAUCCUCCAAUGCCAUGUCGCAGAUGGUCAUUUGUGCAGUGACCUUCAUUGGUGGUUUCGCCCUAUAUUUCGCAGGAGGUCCAGAGACGCCCGCCAUCCUUUCGAUCUACUUUGGUGCACAAACCGGGAUGAACCUCUUUAUGAAGAAUCUCCUAUCAAAAAUCGUCGUGGAUGAAGAGGAAGGCUUAAAGGGAGUUCCCAUUGGCCUUUUGCUUACUGCCAUCCAUCAGUUUAUGGGCCUGAUCUUCUUCGGUUUUUGCUGGUUCGGCAGCCGUGUGCUGUCGCUAGACUUUGUGCAGGUGGCCAAGAUAGAGAGGAACGAGUGGGCGUCGGUGCUGUUGUUUAGCCUCGCCUUUGCCGCCAACAUCGGCCUCAACAACUUCAGUUUGUCGCUGGUGGCCAUCUCGAUUAAUAUGAUCAUCAGAUCGUGCUUGCCAUUGUCCACAGCCAUUUUGCAGGCCUUUAUGGGCAAGGAGCAGAAGUCCAACCUCAACCAAAAGCAAUGGGUGUUUAUGUUGACAGGUGUGAUUUGCGCAGGCAUUGCCAGCUGGGCAAAGAGCCACACCAAUUCCGAAGAGUCAGCAGCUUUGUCGCUUGGCGUCUCAAUCACAGUUGCUUCAAUCUUUGCGGGUGCAGCCAAUAUGGUGAUGGCUGGCAACAUCAAGCGGCUUAGUGCGUUUGACAAAGUUUGCUAUAUGUCUGGACCAGCAGGGCUAGCGCUGUUUACGGCUUCACUGUUCACCCUCCACCCGGUGAGUCAAUGGUCCCGCCGGCAUGUGUUGCAUGGUGCAACAUGA